UUUUCGGCACACAAUCGUCGAAAGCAAAAUACUACAUGAUGUCGCAUCAGAUACAGACUUAUAUGAACCAGAGAAGAUUCCCGCCGUGGAUUAAGAAGAAAGUUCUCAAGUUUUAUGCGCUUCGGUUCAGAUCCAACUUUUUUGUGGAGUCAACCAUGCUCGAGUGCAUCACCGGCCAACUACACGAAGACAUCAUAAUGCACACCGGGCGCCACAUGGUACGGGAAGUGACGUUCCUCAAACAGCUGCCAUGGCCCGUGCUCAUAGAGAUAUCUCUCAAGUUCCAGCUAGCUAUAUUUACAGAGGGGGAUAUUAUUUACCAGAUUAAUACCUUGGGCGAUGAUAUGUACUUCAUCAACAAAGGCACCGUUGCACUUUACACAUCAUCCGGCUGCGAGCUAGAACACCUAGAAGACGGCGACCAUUUCGGCGAAGUGGCGCUCGUGUCGGAACACAAGAAGCGAUAUCUUACCGCCGUAGCCGUCACCAACUGCGAACUGUUUAGUCUAUCUCGCAAGAACUUCGAUAUAAUCGAACGGUAUAGGAUGGCAUAUGAUGAACUCAAGAAAGUUUCUGUUAUGAGAAGACAGUGGGCGCUGGUGAGGAAUGAACAGUUCAAAGCGCAAUUGAGGGAGCGGAGGAAUGAUAGAUAUAAUUCUACUAGUGAAUAAUGUAAUGAUUAAUCGUACAGUAUGGCCACUUUCGCUCCCCGCUGAAAGUGCCGCCCACCCCCUCGGUUACCUCACAGUUACCACCUGUC